AUGAAAAGCACUGCCCUCUACGGUUCCUCCUACUUCUCCUGUUGUGUAAAAGCGGCUUCUGACGCUCAGUUUUGCCGUCAAAGCCAUGGCUACGACUGCGCUCCGGGUGAGGAUGCUGGUCUCCCGGCUGCUCCUGCUCUGUCACAUAGCCGGGCCUCAGUGGAGGACAGACAGUGCGGCCAGUGGAGUGUGGCCAUGCUUACACUCUGA